GUUGUUAAGUAGAUAUUGGUACGAAUAUUUAUCAGGAAUGUAGGACUCUGGAGUGAUGAUCAUUAGUAUAUCCUAGGAGGGAAACCAAUUUUAGAAACCAUACCAACCAGCCCCACAAUAUUUUACAAUCGCAUUGUUGGACUUUAUUCAGACCGACCGUUUUGUGUUGUUUGACAAUAAAAUGAAAACAAUGAGCACAUUAUAGAAAUUAAAACCAUUAAUUACCGAAUACCUAUAUAUUAAUAGUAUAUUACUUAUACAUUUGUGUGCAUUCAAUGCACACACACUUGUUCAAAAGUCACAGUGGAUCCGCACAAAUUCGAUUUACAUUAUGAUAACAUUGAUAACUAACGCGAUUGGACGGAUAUUGUAGUUACUAGCUUCUUACGUGUAGUAGCAGAUAAAGCAACAUAUUUAUAUUUCUCGUACCAGAAAAAUAUUGUGCUGUACUCUCAAAACUUCUCAUCAACUGAUCACCGUACAUCUUUUAUAUAUUCGUUUAAGAAUAAAAAGUAGCAUAAUGUUUCGCUCUAUCAACAAGUUAUCAACACAAUUGAACAACCGUUACGUUAUGGGAACUCUAUCCAGAGGGAUAGCUGAAAAACGUUCGAGUAUGGAAGAGUAUUUCAAAGACAAGAGCUUCAUAGUGACUGGAGCAAGUGCUGGUAUGGGAAAAGUGAUUGCUGGAAGAUUGUUAGCUAUGGACGCGCACGUAUUCGCAGUCGGAAGAGAUAUAGAUAGUCUACCGAGUAUUCCUGGCCUAAAACUGACCAAAGUAACCGUGGAUAUUGGUGACUGGGAUUCGACAUAUAGUAAGAUCUUAGAAAUGGGGCCCGUCCACGGUUUGGUUAACAACGCCGGAGUGGCUCACAUCGAACCAUUUAUGAAGACAACACAACAAGGAUGGGAUGAUACAUUAAACAUAAAUUCCAGAGGAGUGGUAAGGGCAAGUCAAGCUGUAGCUGAAAAUAUGAUUGCUGCGAAAAUCAAUGGAUCAAUAGUGAAUAUAUCCUCAACCAUAUCUGAGAGAGCAAUACCAGAUCAUGUAGCAUAUUGUGCAUCUAAAGGAGCUGUGAACCAAAUUACAAGGACAAUGGCCGUAGAAUUAGGACCUCUCGGCAUAAGAACAAACAAUGUUAAUCCUACUGUUGUAUUGACCAAGAUGGGAUUGAUAGCGUGGUCUGAUCCGAAAAAAUCAGAACCGAUUAUGAAAAGAAUACCAUUAGGAAGAUUUGCACAGCCUAAUGAUAUUGCUGAUGCAGUGAUAUUUCUAUUGAGCGACUAUUCAAAAAUGAUAAAUGGUAUGAACCUAUACGUAGAUGGCGGUUUUAUGACUGGAUGAGCAUUUCUAUACUUUAUAUUGAUGUUGAGAGUAAUAAAAUAAUCAUUAUAAAAUAUAAAAUUAUACAAUAAAAUCUAUAUGAAUAAAUUGUAAUAAUAUUAUGUAC